UUUAAUACAAUGAUUAUGGAAAAGGCCAUAGAGCAAUAAAAUAAGAGCUCAAGCGAAGUAUUGUGUAAACCAAAUGUGAAUUUAACAUGCAUAGAGUGAUGGUUUAAAAUAAUUAUUUCAUGGAAAAUACAACACAAACGAUGGAUAAUUAUACAAUAUUUGUUGACGAAAACAUUACAAAUAGCACAGUCGAUGCAGAAACCACCUCACACGAGAUUAUCAUAGCGUGUACGUUAAUAUUCAUCUUAGUGGGGACAGUCGGCAUAGGCGGGAACAUGCUGGUCAUGUUAUCAGUGAUGUGUAACCGCAAAAUGCGGAGCUCGAUGACCAACCUUCUGAUCAUGAACCUUGCAUUCGCUGACCUUUUAAUCAUGGUAUUUGGGAUACCGGAAAUCGUGGUGUUCAUGCGGAACACUGGCUGGUCCCUGGGGCUAGUCACGUGCAAGAUCAACCGCUACGUCCUCGUGGCGGCACUUUAUGGCUCCAUACUGACGCUGGUUGCUUUGUCUGUUGAAAGAUAUAUCGCAAUCAUCCAUCCAAUCAAAGCUCAUAUUUUCUGCAACAAGCGGAGGCUUGUCGCUGUGCUGGGUAGCAUCUGGCCCGUUGCGACGGCAGCCGCCUUGCCUACGGCCCUCUUCAAUACGAUAAACAACAGCGGACCUAGCAACCCAAUACUUUUCUGCAUGCUACGCUUUCCAGUCCACCACGACACUGUAUUUCUCGUGUUCAAAUACACUGAAUCGAUUGUGUUCUAUUUCACACCUAUGUGUUUGCAAAUAAUUUUGUACGCGUGCAUAUCGAAGUACUUGUUCAUCGGAACCGACCGAUUGUAUCAUCGCGUUCAAGUUCGAGACCUCAAUGGCUUAUCAGUUGAGCGCUUGUCCGAAGCUCUACGCGCUAGACGUGGUGUGGUAAAGAUGCUUGUAUUGAGCGUGUUCGUGUAUUUUCUGAGUUAUUCUCCUCAUCAAGUGUUACUAGUAUGGAAUACCGUCUCUCCGAAAACCUUUCACGAAAACUGGUCCUAUCUGGUUUUCACUAUGAUUAUCGCGUACAUAAAUUCGGCAGUUAAUCCUAUCCUUUACAGUAUAUUCAGUCAAAACUUCAGGAACUGCUAUAAACAGUUCGUUUUGUGCUUACUUGGAAACCGGAAACCAGUCCGGAAGUUGCGCAAUCAGCCACCAUCACAAAUGACACACGGAUCGCCUCGGCUUUGGAGGAUAAUGAGUACAACAGCGUCGACGAAUGUUUAA